AAAACAAACUCCAAGCCCAUCCAUCACCAGUCCUCUGUCCCCUCCCCGACCGCAACGAUCUGCUUUGCAUCUUCCCCUUCCUCCAAUUCCAGUCCCAUGCGUAAUCGUCUUUCGGAAUUGAAUCUCUCCAUGUCAUGGCGCUCUGAGCAAGUACAGCUGCAGUCAGUGAGAGAAAUGUAGGCACCACAAAUCGGUCCAGCAAAUCCCUGCUCGUGCUCUACCAAAAAAUCCAGUCUUUUUCCAGCCCAAAUCCGCCUCUUCCGCUGCUGCCAUAAAGUCCGGACUUUACGAGGCUUUCACGACGUGCGAGAUUUCUGUUAUCGAUCUCCACGAACCCGAUAGCCUGCCAUAAAGUCUGCACAGACGCUUCGCAUUGCUUCAACCAAAGAUCCAUCCAAACUCUGCACCCCAGAAAGCUAGUACGAUCUCGGGGGGACAUGAAGCGCCUGCAGUGCUUCAAGCAGAGCAGCGGCGGCGGCAAUGGUGGCGGGCCGGGGAAGCGCCUGGAGCGGCGGCUGUCGCUGGGCGAGUACAAGAAGGCAGUGUCGUGGUCCAAGUACCUCGUAGCGCCGCCGGGGGCUAGGAUCCGGAGCGGCGGCGAGGAGCUGUGGAGCGCCGACCUGUCCAAGCUGGAGAUCCGGGGCAAGUUUGCGUCAGGCCGGCACAGCCGCGUCUACUCCGGCAGGUACACCGGCCGCGAGGUGGCCAUCAAGAUGGUCAGUCAGCCGGAGGAGGACGCCGCGCUCGCCGCUGAGCUAGAGCGCCAGUUCGCCUCCGAGGUCGCGCUCCUACUUCGCCUCCACCACCCAAACAUCAUCUCGUUUGUUGCAGCAUGCAAGAAACCACCAGUAUUCUGCAUCAUCACUGAGUUCAUGGCAGGGGGCUCCCUUAGGAAGUAUCUACAUCAGCAGGAGCCUCACUCAGUUCCCCUCAACCUAGUGCUGAAAUUAGCUCUAGAUAUCGCUCGCGGAAUGAGCUACCUACACUCCCAGGGUAUACUCCAUAGAGACCUGAAAUCAGAGAACAUACUUCUGGGAGAAGAUAUGUCAGUCAAAGUCGCAGAUUUCGGGAUUUCAUGCUUGGAAUCACAGUGUGGAAGUGGCAAGGGGUUUACAGGAACCUACAGGUGGAUGGCUCCGGAGAUGAUCAAAGAGGAACAUCAUACUAGGAAAGUGGACGUGUACAGCUUUGGAAUCGUCAUGUGGGAGAUCUUGACUGCUUUGGUCCCGUUCAGCGACAUGACUCCAGAGCAGGCUGCUGUUGCUGUUGCCCUGAAGAAUGCAAGGCCGCCACUGCCUGCUUCAUGCCCUGUGGCAAUAAGCCACCUGAUCAUGCAGUGCUGGGCGACCAACCCUGACAAAAGACCUCAGUUUGAUGACAUCGUGGCGAUCCUCGAGAGCUACAAGGAAGCCCUUGAUGAGGACCCGUCGUUCUUCUUGUCGUAUAUACCACCUCCACCGGACCACGGCCACCACCACCAUCAUCAGAGCCUUCUCCGGUGCUUCCCUCGCUCCAUGCGAAGGUCUGCAUCUCUGAAAGUAUGAUCAGGCCGGGAUGUUGCCUCUGCUCAUCGAUGCUGUGUACAAUAUGCACCCCCUUUCGACUUUCUUUGUUUUCUAUGCGCGCGUCGGCCCUCUAUUAUGCGGCAUUAGCAUGCUAUAUGAGCUAGUUUAUGCUCUCAUUUUCUCCUUGUUGGUUAAUUAUUUCCGUCAUUGAUGCCUUGAGUAAUGUAGAGAUGACAGGCAGGCAUGCAGCUUCCGGUUAUUAUCUAUGGAUGCCAUUUGCUUUUGGUGAUGGGAAACAUGAAAGAGCCCCAGUAAAUGUAAUAUAAUUAAGCUCUCCAU